AUGUUCCGAGUAGCAAGUGUGUUCCGUUCAUCUGCUGCUAGGCAGUUAACACCUGUCUUGAAAAGAUACUAUGCCAAAGAUAUCAAGUUUGGUGCUGACGCAAGGGCACUCAUGCUUCAGGGAGUGGAUCUGUUAACAGACGCUGUUGCAGUUACCAUGGGGCCAAAGGGACGUAACGUAAUCUUGGAGCAGAGUUGGGGCAGCCCAAAAAUCACCAAGGACGGAGUAACAGUUGCUAAGGGCAUUGAAUUGAAAGACAAAUUUCAGAAUAUUGGUGCCAGGCUAGUACAGGAUGUUGCAAACAACACAAAUGAAGAAGCUGGAGAUGGCACAACUGCUGCUACUGUGCUUGCAAGAUCCAUUGCAAAAGAAGGCUUUGAAAGAAUUAGCAGAGGAGCAAAUCCAGUUGAAAUCCGUCGAGGUGUGAUGCUUGCAGUUGACGCUGUUGUUGAACAGCUGAAGAAAAUGUCCAGGCCUGUUACAACUCCAGAGGAAAUUGCACAGGUUGCCACAAUAUCAGCAAAUGGUGAUAGAUCUAUUGGUGAGUUGAUUUCCAGUGCAAUGAAGAAAGUAGGCAGAGAUGGUGUUAUAACUGUCAAGGAUGGAAAGACUCUUAGGGAUGAAUUGGAAACAAUUGAGGGAAUGAAAUUUGAUAGAGGUUACAUCUCCCCAUAUUUCAUGAACACAUCAAAAGGGGCAAAGUGCGAGUUCCAAGAUGCCUUCGUUCUAUUUAGUGAGAAAAGGAUUUCCAGCAUUCAGUCUAUCAUUCCUGCACUGGAACUUGCAAACCAGUCUCGUAAACCCCUGCUCAUCAUUGCAGAAGAUGUUGAUGGUGAAGCAUUGAGCACAUUGGUUUUAAACAGAAUUAAAGUUGGGCUCCAGGUCUGUGCUGUUAAGGCUCCUGGAUUUGGUGACAACAGAAAAAACACACUUCACGAUAUGGCCAUUGCUACUGGUGGAGUGGUCUUUGGUGAUGAAGGGAAUUUGUACAAGUUGGAGGAUAUCCAGAUCCAAGACUUUGGACAAGUUGGAGAGGUGACAGUUACCAAGGAUGAUACUUUAUUAAUGAAGGGCAAAGGCAGCAAGGCUGACAUUGAGAAAAGAAUUGCACAAAUCAAGGACGAAAUUGAAAUCAGCACUUCAGAGUAUGAAAAAGAAAAGUAUGGAGAGCGUUUGGCAAAAUUGUCAAAUGGUGUUGCUGUACUCAAGGUUGGUGGUACAAGUGAAGUAGAAGUCAACGAAAAGAAAGAUAGAAUCAAUGAUGCUCUUAAUGCCACAAGAGCUGCAGUGGCUGAAGGAAUUGUUCCAGGAGGUGGAACUGCUCUGCUCAGGUGUAUACCAAUCCUAGACAACAUUAAGGCUGAAAAUGAUGACCAGACAGUCGGUGUGAAUAUUAUCAGAAAAGCUCUGCGUGUUCCGGCCCUUACCAUCGCACAAAAUGCUGGAGUUGAUGCUCAUGUUGUAGUUGAAAAAGUGCUCAACUCAACUGGAGAUAUUGGCUAUGAUGCUCUCAACAAUGAAUAUGUUAACCUCAUUGAGCGUGGAAUCAUUGAUCCAACAAAGGUGGUGAGAACUGCACUAGUUGAUGCAGCUGGCGUUGCCUCACUCCUCACAACAGCAGAAACAGUUAUCGUUGAACAGCCUAAGGAUGAUAAGGCUGACCCCAUGGCUGGCAUGGGAGGUAUGGGUGGAAUGGGAGGUAUGGGUGGAAUGAUGUAA